AUGUUGUCGCUCAUCAACAUGAGAACGCGACGCUCACCCCCCGAGCCCUUCCGCUUCCUCGACCUGCCUGCAGAACUCCGCAACUCCGUCUUUGAGUUCUUGACUGCCGAAUACGAGGGCUGCGUCCGGCGUUUCGCUCUAAAAACUACAUCAUCUUCGCUCGGUGCAAGCUCUACUCCCGCUUCAAUCUUCUCACUCGCACACGUGUGUCAAAAUCUGCGCAAAGAGUUCCUCUCACACCUCUUUGCCACGUUGGAAGUCGGUUUAGACUGGCUGGACGUUGAGUACUUUUGUCACACAGUGUGUUCUACCUUCAAUAACGGAGAGUGGCUGUCAACGCGCGCGCCGAAGUCAAUCACCGUAUACAUCGACGGCAACAUCUGCAAUGAUUCCCCCAUUUCGAAGUCAAGCUCUAGGAACACUCUCUGGAACAACUCUGAGAUCGCUGCUUAUAGGGCGGACGUAUUGGAAGGCAUUGUCCACGUGCCUCGAAUGCCACAUCCGUCGCUCAACCUCCUUCCACUACUAAAGCUAAGGCUUCUACGAAACGACUACGCCUGCCUGUUCUCGUUGGACCCGAAGGUCGACUGGGACGCUGUCAAAGAGAAGCAUAACAGCGGAGAUACCUGGAGUGACUGGCUUGUCGGUAUAACCGUCCUGGACCUCGCGCAAUUCAUGGGCCUCGACAAUGACGCUUGGGCGCAGUGCAUCGGAAAGAAGCUAGACCAGGUCUUGCUCCAUCCCUGGGCAGACUGGAAAGAUUUACAGAUCGAGCUCGUGUUCAAGGAGCAACCAAACAAUCUCAUGACUUUGAACAAUAAGACACGACGAUGCUACCUGCCCGACCUGCGGAAGACAGGCUUGCGAGAGUUCUACGUGACAACAGGCCUAACAUUCAACAUGAGCAUGGCCUCUCAAUCUCCAAAGCUCGAUUGGGAGGGUCGUUCUCGAUCACGGUCGGCGUCAAAGGAGCCAUUGCGGUACCACCGACCGCCUACGUUUCAUUCCCUUCUCUCCCCACCGCCGACCCACCCCCAAACCCAAAAGUAA